GACAGAGGAGAAAUCGUUUUUAACCCCGUCCACUCGCCGACUCGCCUCUCCUCCUCGCUCGCCGUCGCCGUCGCGGGAGACUCCGGCGAGCGCGUUGACGUGGCCAUGUCGGGGACGGGGUGCUUCCCGGCGGGGGAGAUGGCGGCGGUGGCGAGGGUGUGCCGGGACGGGGCGGCGGCGGCGAGGCUCAAGACGGGCUCCCUGCUCGCCAUCCUCGUGGCGAGCGCCGUCGGCAUCUGCCUCCCCGUGGCGCUCACGGGGGCGUUCCGCGGGAAGGCCGGGUACGCGCGCGGCCUCCUCCUCGUCAAGUGCUACGCCGCCGGGGUCAUCCUCUCCACCUCGCUCGUCCACGUCCUCCCCGACGCGCACGCCGCGCUCGCCGACUGCGCCGUCGCCACGCGCCGCCCGUGGCGGGACUUCCCCUUCGCGGGCCUCUUCUCCCUCGUCGGCGCGCUCCUCGCCCUCCUCGUCGACCUCUCCGCCUCCUCCCACCUCGAAGCCCACGGCCACCACCAGCACGCGGAGGAGGGGGAGUCGCCGCCGCCGCCGCCGCCGACCCACCAACCCUACGCCCCAAUCCCCACCACCAAGAAGUCCCCCGUCUUCGAGCUCUCCGGCGAGAUGAGCCCCAAGAAGCGCGCGCACUCAGACGACACGGACCGGGACGACGUGGCGCUCUUCGGGGCCAAGAGCGCGGUCCGGAGCGACGAGGUCGUCGUCGCCCCCCGUGUCGGCUGCCAUGGGCACCACGACGUGGUGGAGGUUGGGGAGGAAGGAGGAGGAGGGGAGGAGGAGGAGGCGAGGAGGAAGCAGAAGAUGGUGUCCAAGGUGCUCGAGAUUGGGAUCGUGUUCCACUCGGUCAUCAUCGGGGUCACCAUGGGGAUGUCUCAGGAUGUCUGCGCCAUCCGGCCGCUCGUCGUCGCGCUCUCCUUCCACCAGGUGUUCGAAGGAAUGGGCCUCGGCGGCUGCAUUGCGCAGGCAGGUUUUGGGAUUGCAACGGUGGGUUACAUGUGCGUAAUGUUCUCGGUGACAACACCAUUGGGAAUACUUCUUGGAAUGGCAAUAUUCCAUAUGACUGGCUAUGAUGAUAGCAGUCCAAAUGCCCUAAUAAUAGAAGGGCUCCUUGGCUCACUUUCUUCUGGAAUCCUUGUCUACAUGGCACUUGUCGAUCUCAUUUCUCUUGAUUUCUUCCACAAUAAAAUGAUGUCAUCAUCUAAUAAAUUGAAAAAGGUCUCUUAUGUCGCAUUAGUGCUUGGAUCUGCAUCCAUGUCUAUAUUAGCUCUCUGGGCAUAGGUCAUAGGUGCAACCAGAGUGAAAUACGGUGUAUUGAUCCUUUGUAGGAAGAAAUGGAUGUUUUGGGAGUCAGGACUUCCCUCAUGUAAAUUAAACUUCCACAUAAUGGGAAACUUAAAAAUUCUUGAAUGCCUUUUGAUACUGUGAGCCAUUUUCGUCUCCUGAUUACCAUGGACAAUCAAAACGUACAGUGAUUUAUCUUUCAGUUUGUGUAUACUGAAUAAUGUAAUAGGUUCGACUUUUGUCUAUGCUACUUAUCCUGUUGUCACAUUUGGAAUGAUCACCCAUGUAAAGCACCAGAAGUUUGCAAACCAUGCAAAAUUUAAUUAA